CCCUUAGCAAAGGGGAACUGUUUUUUUCUCCUCACAACUCUCUCUCGAGUAAUUUCGCUGCAGUCCGUAUGAAGAGGAGGGCAGUCCUAGUCCUUCCCCUCACAGCACACUUCUAGUGGAAAACACAUUUUCAGCAGCUCAAAAAAUGACACGGGGAAGGCGGAACGCGUUUUAUGUGAAGAAAAGUGCUAAGGUUGUCGGAAAGUGCUCUCGGAUUGGCGAUCUGUGAAGCGCGUGCGAAGCUUUGGGAUCAACAGAAAACUUGUAACGGACUUAAAACGUAGGACGCACGAAACCGGCGGCGGAAAGAAAUAAAGCGGGACUUGGCGAAAACUUAUGAAGAGUGGCUUGGUGUUUGGGACCUUGCGGACCGGCUGUGUGUUUUGGAGCAACUUGAGGAGCUUCUUCAGUCCAGUGACCCUAGCGAUUGUCAGCACCAUGAGCAGCCAGUAGUGACACACGACAGUGUCUACAGCAGCCACACAGAUGUUUCGGAAAAAAGCCUCAUCCUCCUUGAGAAUGCGAGGAAUAUCAGAAAACAAUAGACGGAGUGUGGACCGUGCCCGAAGCUCCUCCUUCCAUGAGGUAGGCAGGUCACGGGAGCUGGAAAUGAGGGCGGCAGCCUCAGUUUCCGAGGACACAUCGGCUAGCAGCAGUAGCGGUAGUGGCCAUACGGUUCUGCAACGGCUCUUACAGGAGCAAAUGCGCUAUGGCGAGGGCCGAAAUUAUCUUGCCUUGCAGCAACAACAACAGCAGCAGCAGCAACAAGGUCCAGUAAGUGCAUACCAGGGCCCUGGCAGCCCAGGGGAUGAGCACUCGAUGGUCCCUCACAUUGCAAGGCAGGAGCCUCAGGGCCAGGAGCUGCAGGUCGACAGCGGCAUGGAGAAGCUUAGCACACGCACUGGAGGAGGAGGUGGUGGCAGUGGAGGCACGGGAUCAGGUGGUGGAAGCUGUGUGAGUGGACAAGGGCAGAAUCCCGAAGACUUGCCCACCUAUGAUCAAGCCAAGGUGCAGUCGCAGUAUUUUCGUGGCCAUCAGCCCCAGCAGCCUCAACCACAGAUACCCCCAUCAGUAGGUGCUGCAUUUUAUGUGACUGGUGUCAGUAAUCCUAAGGUGCGACCCCCAGAGGGUAGGCCCACGGUGCAAAGAGUGAAUGGAGGCAAAGUGCACCAAGACGACGGGCUCAAGGAUCUUAAACAAGGCCAUGUACGUUCGCUCAGCGAAAGACUAAUGCAGCUCUCACUGGCUACCAGUGGGGUCAAGGCCCAUGCUCCUGUUACCAGUUCACCACUUUCUCCCCAGCUGCCUCCACCUGGACUUCCUGGAGACUACUAUAAACCCACUGGGCCACCACACAGAGGCCCACCUCCAGACUAUCCUUUUAAAGGAAUGCACUCUCCACCCAAACAGCAGCAGCACCAUCAGCCUCAGCACCAGGAGCCUGGACACUUCUACCCUGAUCAUCGUGGCACAAGCCAGCCAACCAGGGCAGACAUUCCUCAUGUCCGAUACCAGCCACCACCUGAAUAUGGCUCUUUCCGGUCAAAUAAGGAAAGUUCAAGUCACUCUCAAAGGUCUGUCCAUCACCACAGCCCUUCAUCUUCUGUUACGUCAGGGGGCUCACUCUCCCGUGCUCAGUCCUCCACUCUCAGCAGCAUUUUGGCUUCUUCCCACCCUCCUCUACCUAUGGGUCACCAGGGAGAGCCCUUCCCCACUGGCGCUCGUAGCCCACAGGGGCCUGGUUCCCACCAGGGGGAUCUGUACGGUCCAGGUCACCCUCCCCAUCAGCGGAGCCACGUGUUUCCUCAUGAUCCUUAUGGGUCAGCUCCUAGGGGCCUCCAUAUGCAUCAGCACCAGUACCACCAACAGGGCCCCCAGCAGCAGCAACAGAGUCAAGGACAACACUACCCACAUCCACACUCCAUGCAGGGAGAUCCCUAUGCCAUGCUAGCCCGUGCCCAGCAGAUGGUGGAUAUGCUGUCUGAAGAAAACCGCUUGCUUAAGCAAGAGUUGGAAGUGUGUGGGGAGAAGGUGUCCAAACUACAAAAGCUGGAGACUGAGAUCCAGAUGGUGUCUGAAGCCUAUGAAAACCUGGCCAAAUCAUCCACAAAGAGGGAAGCUCUCGAGAAGACCAUGAGAAAUAAGCUGGAGAUGGAAGUGCGCAGGAUGCACGACUUCAACAGGGAUCUAAGAGAGCGAAUGGAAACGGCCAACAAGCAACUUGCUGCAAAAGAGUGUGAAGGCACCGAGGACAAUCGUAAAACCAUCUCACAGCUUCUGGCUCAGAUUAAAGAGAUUCAAAGAGAGAAAGAAAAGCAAGAUAUCGAAAUGAAUUCACUUCGCUCAACCAACGAGGACCAGCGCAGACACAUAGAGAUCCGUGACCAGGCCUUGAAUAACGCCCAAGCCAAAGUGGUCAAACUGGAGGAAGAGCUGAAGAAAAAGCAGGUAUAUGUGGAGAAGGUGGAGAGGAUGCAGCAGGCUCUAGCACAGCUUCAGGCAGCUUGUGAGAAGCGAGAACAGCUUGAGCAUCGGCUACGCACUCGUCUGGAGAGAGAGCUUGAAUCCCUGCGAAUGCAACAGAGGCAGGGUGGUUCUCAGAACCCAGUUAGUCCUGAGUUCAGCACAGCGGCUCUGAUGGAGCAUCUGAGAGAAAAAGAGGAGAGAAUUUUGGCCCUGGAGGCCGACAUGACCAAAUGGGAGCAGAAAUACCUGGAGGAGAGCGUCAUGAGACAGUUUGCGCUGGACGCUGCUGCUUCUGUGGCCACACAGAGAGACACGUCCUCUGCCAUCAUCAGCCAUUCUCCCAGCAGCAGCUACGACACUUCAGUGGAGGCACGUAUCCAGAAAGAAGAAGAGGAGAUCCUCAUGGCUAAUCGCCGUUGUCUGGACAUGGAGAGCAGGAUCAAGAACCUGCACGCUCAGAUCAUAGAGAAGGAUGCCAUGAUAAAGGUACUGCAUCAGCGCUCAAGGAAAGAACCAGCCAGCAAAUUAGACGCCCCUGCCAUGAGGCCUUCCAAGUCCCUCAUGUCCAUAGCUACAGGCACCGGCAACUCCAGCGGCUCCGGGCUGCUGUCACACUCUCUAGGUCUAAGCGGAAGCAGCCCUAUCACGGAGGAGCGCAGGGAAGACCGCAGCUGGAAGGGCAGUCUGGGUGUUCUGCUCGGCCCAGAGUUCAGAGGUGACUCUCUGAGAACAGAGUCCAUCUCCUCCUCUCCAUCUCCAGUCCUGCCUUCCACCCCGAUGCCAGCGGCCACACACUCAAAGACCGGCAGCAGAGACAGCUGUACCCAGACGGAAAAGGGUCAGGAGGCCAGCAAGCCGAGCACACCUGCCCUUCAGAGCGUAUCCGGACCCAACCGGAUCAGCAGCCCAAGCCCAGUCUACAUACCCGACCGCAUCGCCGAUGUGCCAGUGUUUCACAGCAGUACAUUAGAGAGGAGAGCACCAGUGCAGUCGCUCCCGCAGCAGAGCCUGCCGCCGCCUCCACUCCCAGCACAGGACGUGGACAGCGAGAUGGUGGAGAUACUCAUCUGAUCACACACACAGUAAUAAAGAAACAACUCUAAAGCAGGUGAAGGACUACGUGCACUUCUCUUCUCUCCGUUACUCUCAGAUCAACAUUACCAGGAUGCUUAGGAAUGCAUUCAAAUCUGCAAACAACAAUACAAGGCCAUUUACAAUCAACGCUUUUUUUGUACAGUAUUGUCUGGCGGUCCCCUCCAGACCCUCGGACCAAAUAUAUUUUUUACAUUUAUUGCACUACUUUGCGUUUGUUUUUACAUUCAGUUUUUUGGGUAUGCAAUUGUUUCGUUGUGUAUAUGUACUAAUAAUACAAAUGUGGCACUUGAGUAUCAAGCGAUAUGGUGACUAGCCGAACAGUUGUUACGUGUAAAUAUGAAUCACAAUACUGUAAAACUGAAUGUGGUAGAGCCUUUUGUAUUCUUGGACGCAUUGUCUGUACAGCACGUACUGUACGGUUCACCGCGCACUGUUUAAGAGCAAUGGACCAACAAGCGUUUACCGGUGUCCACAAGCUCAUGUAUUCGUAUGUGAAAGUGUGUGACCCAACUGGUUUUGGGUUCGUCUGUGUGAGAAUCUGUAGUUUUUCGAUCAACUGAGGUCCACCGUUCCAGUAGAGCUACAGCAGCCACAACGUGCCUUGAGUGAGAGGUGUCCAUGGGGUAGCCAUGGGUCCCGGAUUUCCCAGUAUGUCCUUUCACAAUUUGGAAAACCACCAAACCUGUCUUUUCAAUGUGGUUACUCCUAAUUCCUCUCUUUAUUUUGUAGAUAACAAAUUAGCUUUUUUUCCAGUCUCGUGGUUGCAAGACAGACAUUUAGCUCUUGACCAAAGGAAUCCGUAAAAAAAAAAAAAAGACAAAUUCUACACAAAUAAAGCAGUGCCAAGCAACGAUCCUCAUAUUAUUUAGAGAGUCUAACGUAAUUUAAGAUUACAUGGAUGUGUAAAUGACAUUCUUCCAUGAAAUCAGCAAAUAUCUAUGAAACCAUCUGAUUUCAGUGCUUUUAUUAUUUUGUCAUGUGCUUUAAAGGUUUCAGAAUUUCUUUAGAAUGACCUUUGAAUCUAAAUUGUAAGUGAUUUUCUGCUUGAUGCUCAGUCCCUGACUCUUAUGCACGUAAAUGUGACGUCCGUUCGAUGUGUCCGUUUUCAUCUGGAACUUGUCACAUUUUGAGUAUUUGCAUCUGAACCACAAAACUUUCCCUGGCAGAUGUUACAACAACAUUUAGCUGAUUUAUUUGUUGAACUCGCUCGUGUUUCUCAGGUGCUUAUACACAAAUAUGAUAAAUAGUCUCUUAACUGGGGUUUUUGUCAUUUCCGAAUUAAAUAAACAUUCAAAUGCAAGUUUUAAAGCAGGUCGUCAUGUCAUAGAGCUCAAAUUUUAGUAUGUUGUAUUCAUAUUUACAAUACCAUUUAAAGAGUUCACUACCGUGAUUCCUACAUUUUCUGCUAGAUAAAAGUAAAAAUGAAAAUCUUACUAACCCUAAACUUUUGAAUGGCUAAACUUGUUACUGAGCAAGUUUUGCCCCCUGUGGGACACACAAAUCAUUGCAGUCAACCCAUUCCUCUUAAGGGGUCAGCUGGUGCAGGAAAUGUCUUGUUUUGAGCCAAUCAUCUGAGCCCCUAAAUCCCACGUGACCAAUGUUGAGCCAUUAUAGGAUGAUUUCAAAAAUGCAGGGCUAAAGAAAUAUCCAACUUAGCAACCACAUACAAUUCAAAUUGAAUCAAACCUGAUUAUAUAUAUAUAUAUAUAUAUAUAUAUAUAUAUAUAUAUAUAUAUAUAUAUAUAUAUAUAUAUAUAUAUAAUUUUUUUUUUUUUUUUAUUCCCUAAGUAUUUGAUUUUUAUAGCAUUUUAUUGCCUUUGUUUUUGAAAACAUGGACCAAAUCCAUUUACAAGUAAUCAAGUAUUUGAGCACAGCCAGUCUCAGUUCAGCACAUUGUAUGCAUCGGUACUUGACAUUUUUCGUACACAAUCAGCCUUUCCUCCAUCGCUUGAGAUAGAAACUAGUAUUUUUUUUUCCUUUUCGUGUCUUUUUUUAGACAAACUCUGAAAGAGAACCAUUUCCAGCAUUGUUAGAUCACCCAUUGUCAAUGCUCAACAGCUGUGUACUUAGGACAGUUUCAGCACUAAUCUAAUUUGGGCACAAUCUAAGACAAUGGACCAAAGAGUGGACUGAGACAAAGGUGGAACAAAAUACUGAUAAACAAGCUCAUUGCAUUUCAAAUGCAGUUCCCUGAAUGCAAACUGAUAACGUGUCCCUAUUAUGCUUUAAAAUGGUCUACAUACGGGAAAAAAAAACCUUCAAGAGUUCAACCAUACUGGUAAGUGAUUGUGAGGCUAAUCUGGUGAAGAUUUCAUUACCACGUUUAUCAGUUUGUUCCACAUGACGCCUCAGUCUUAUCUAAACUAAUCUUCACGGUCUUGCUACAUUUGAUACUUCAUAGUUUCUAAAGAAGAAUGUUCUGGUCCAUCUCAGGACCAAUUAUGAGAAUGUGUUUUUGUAUUAUUUUGUAUAGUAUGUAUCCUUGUGUCCCAAUCAAUGGGCAUUUUACUUUUUCCCCUCACAAGGAAUGUUAAUUACGUUCAUUUCACUAGUAUUUGUUUCAUUGCAAAAUGUCACUCUAGUUGCUGCUUGACAAUGUUAUUACUGUACAACGAUGAUUAAUUUGAAUUAAAUUGUAUUCCUGUUCAUCA